AUGUCCUCAGACGUUGGAGCAUUCCCCCCUUCUCAGAAACAGCCAGAGUAUCCCACUCGAACCGCGCAUUUCCAACCAGUCCAACGCCAAGAACCAUCCCGAUCUAUGAUCUCUGGCUUUGGAAGUGCAUUCGCUGUGGAGUUCGCUUCGCCACGCUCUCUCCCGUCUGAGGAAACAGAGGAUGGAACAGCAACGGUUAUGCCGAACUAUGUGGGGUUGCGAAGGGGGUUUGGAUGGGAUGGGAUGGGAUGGGAUGGGAGGAGGAGGAUGGAUUAUGGGGGGGAGGAGCUCGAGGAGUCGAGGGCAGUGGGCCCGCUUUUCGUGACAGUUAUGAGCCCAGCUCCUAUCCGCUAUUGCCACAAUGGUUAA